CUUCGUCGUGUUUAAUUUUCUCUAACUCAGCAUUCCUUUUUCUAUUAUUUUCGAUUUUCUGCUUCGUUUCCACUGCAUUCUUGCUCAGGGGUUUUUGCUUUUUAUAUAUAAGAAGAACCUUGUGCUGAAUUUUUUUGACUCUGGAAGCUGUGGUGGAGGAGAGAUCCCAUUUGGGUGUUCAUGGUUUUCGCUUCGAUCCCGUCUCUUGUGGUCUUCGUCCAAGAAUCAAAGCCCUUCGUACCAAGAGUUUUCUGAGCGGAGGUACCCUGUAUAUCUGAGCUUACUAUAGAACAUCCUAAGUUAGAGAAAAUGGGUUGUUUCACGGUAUUGAAAAACAGAAGGAAGAAAUCCGAUCGUCCCAUCGACGCCAAGCCCCGUGAAGACAUUGAGAAUCCAAUUCCACGGUCUAGCGAGAGAUCCCUCCAAUCGGCACCUCCGAGCUUUCGAAAUAGAACCAAGUUUGAAGUGAUUGGCCAUACGCACAGUGAGAGGAUGCGCGUUCUCUCUGCACCUUCGAGUUUGAUUGUCUACGAACAGGAAGAGGGCAAGCUUCAGAAAAGGGCAGUAGGCGAAAAAAGGGCGAAGCCUCACCCGCUUCCUCUCCCCUCGCCGCAGGGUAGCUCUGGUCUUAAGCAUAUGAGCAGCUUUAAUUCAAACUGUAGCAGCGAUCCUGUUUCUGUAUCUGGACCGCUACCAUUGCCUCCUUUGGGCGGGCUUCGUUUCUUCUCGUUUGAUGAAAUAGUGGCUGCGUGCAACAAUUUUUCUCCCGAUAGAUGUGUGGCUGACGGGCUGUCUACAACCACUUAUAGGGCUUCAUUUGGUGACGAAUCAUGUGGUUCGAAGGCUUUGGAGGCAACAGUUGUCUGCCUUCAUCUUUUCAAGCAGGGUUAUAAGGAAUUCAUGAGCGAGAUUAACAAGAUUGCAUCUUUGCAACAUCCUCAACUUUGUAGACUGAUUGGAUUCCAUGCACGUGAGGGCUCUGAUCAGUGGAUGCUGGUUUUUGAGAGACUUUUCCAUGGGAGCUUGGAUCGGCUGCUUUAUGGCCGACCUGAUGGGCCUCCAAUUGAUUGGAGCACAAGGGUGAAGGUUGCCCUUUGUGCCGCUCAAGGGCUUGCAUUUUUGCAUGAGGAAGGGCCUUUUCAGGCGAUGUUCAAUGACUUCAGAUCUACAAACGUUCAGAUUGAUAAAGAUUAUAGUGCAAAGCUCUCUGGUUUUGGUGCCAGCAUUUCUGAUGCAGAAGCUGAUUUUUCUUCUUCCACGGCAUCAGCAAACAUUUCGCCAGAGACCCUGGAGCGAGGAUUGGUGACCCCAAAGAGUAAUGUCUGGAGUUUUGGGAUCCUGCUGCUUGAGUUGCUAACAGGUUGGCAAAACAUGGAUACCCAUUAUCCAAAAGCAGAGCGGGAUCUUGCAAAGUGGGCAAAGGCAUACCUUUCCGAUGAAUGCCGAUUAUCACUGAUUAUUGAUCCUAAACUAAAAGGCCGUUACCCAGUGAAGGCUGCGAAGAUCCUAGCCGAUACUGCCAGAAAAUGCCUGGAAAGAGACCCUUCAGAUCGACCUACAAUGCGAGCGGUAGUGGAAUCUCUAAUGUUUGUACAGGAUAUAAAAUAUACUUCUCGAUUCCCAUUGCAAGAGCCGAUCUCCUCUUCUCAACCUUUAGGUGUUCCAACUGCACUCGGUUACCGUCAGGCAAAUCUGAUGACAAGAUCCCCCAGCCUCAACGGUAUUCCUCUGCCACCUGUUGGUUCCAGAUCAUCACCAUCACCACCUUGUCGAGUGAAGCCACUGGUUUCUCCACCACGACCAAUUUCACUUCCACCUCGAUCUUGUGCCUCUACAGUGUCUGUUGAAGAAAUCUCAAUUCAUGAAGCCCGCAAAUCUAUUUCUCCAGCAAGAAGGAGUGCUGGAGUUGCUGGUUUUUAGUUUUAUAUCACGGUAUAUCCAUAUUUGUUGAUUUUGUAUUCAUGAGAAUGAGAUAAGGAGCCGUCGAGCUGUAGAUAGAAGAAUGUGCUGGAGUAAGUGCUAGAUUAGUCUGUUUUAUCCUUGUCUCUCUCUGUGUAUAUACGAGAGAGUGUAUUGUAGGUUGAUGUGAGCUUGUUCAACCUCUUUAAGUUCAAUGAUAAGUAUAUUCUUCUUUUCUA